AUGCGCCGCUCCUUAUCUCGCCCAGUGGCAAGAACUCAUUCUUAUACGCAUCAAGGAGAUUUUGAUAAUGGUGAAGACCCGCCGCCUUCUCCUUCUUCGUCUGAUUCGUCUGUAGACGAGGAAGAAGUCAAUCGACGCGUCAAGCCUUUCUGGCCUAAAUAUCAGGCUGUUUUCAGGUCCCGGGGGAUACGCCUCGACACUGUCAGAGACGUCAAGCUCUUCUACAAGCAACAACUAAAGGCAGGCUCCUCGACUCUUUAUCAUCCAUUUCACAGCCAAACAGAAUUUCAACAAAGCGACGACGCCCUAUGUCCUGACGCAGGUCUGCCUGACAAUUUAUUCCGAGGAAUCCGAAUAUCUGAUUCGAAGCGUGUGGUUGUCAAAGCCGUCCAUGCUGGCAGUCGCGAAUACAGCAUCGUCUAUAAAUUAUCACAACCACCAUUUCGAAACGACCCUAUGAAUCACACUAUCCCGGUGUUGGAUCAGUUUACAGUACCUGAAGAUGACAUGGCUUUCAUUAUCAUGGAAGAAUGGUCAACAAAUCUUGUUGCAAGUUUAGGUCCAUGCUGUAUGACUCGCUUUCUCUUGGCUAUGCGCCAAUGCAUAGAGCACGCUGCUUUUUUGCACAAACAUCGUAUUGCCCAUUUGGAUAUAUCCCUAAUGAAUCUCCUGACAGAUUAUCACGGACGUUAUGCAUAUAUAGAUUAUGAACUCAGCCGCCAUUUCGACAAUCUAUCUCCUUCUCUCAUAUAUAACUAUCGAGGAACAGAGUUGCCACCAGAGAGUGAAAGCAGUACUGGGAUUGAUCCAUAUAAGGUCGACGUGUGGGCAUUGGGUGUUUUGAUAUUGCGAGCAUGCAAGUUGACUGGAUAUUGGAUCCCGGAGCUUAUGCUGGUCAUUAAGCCCAUGUUGGAAGAUGAACCGAGCAGAAGACCUUCAUCCUGGCAUGCCUUACAUGCUUUCGACAAAGUGGUGACAUCGUUGGGGUAUCGCCUGGAGUCAAACUGCAAUGAACCACAUUAG